AUGGCUUCUGUGCCUUCUGUUGGUUGUCUCCUGGCCAAAAAUCAGUAUUACCGAAAGUCUAGUAUUUCUUCAGUUGGUUUGUUAACAAGCUCUGAUUCUGUCCACCUCAUAGAUGACGACAAAUCUCUGCAAGGAUUAACUGAAGUGGCAGACCCCACCUGGUGGUUUAAAUCCUUUUUCCAUUCGGAGCCUGUGAAAGCCAAGGAUCUGUCAGCUAAUGGGUAUGUGCUUGCCUCACCUCAUGGCAUCGUAUGGACUUUUGACAUGCUAAGUGUGUGUCAUAUGGAUGAUAAUGACUCAGACAAUGGUCAGAACUGGUCUUUCUCUGGAUAA